AUGCUCGUUACAAGGCAAUACGAUACUGAGCAUAGCCGUUGGCCAUUCAGCAGAUACGACCCAUCUCGUAACUCGAUAAGCCCUCGCAUGUCGAACCCUUACGAUGUCAAUGUCGAGCUGCCGGCACCUUCGAGCUGGCAAGGGCACAACUCCAGUUCUACCCAAGGAACCAAUGGGUUUUCCCAAUCCUACACUCCACGGAAUGGACACUCGCAGCUUUCUCAGAUGCAUCAGCCAGCGGAAGAGAAAGGCAAUUCUCUGGGAAUUCAUAUGAGGUCCGGAACAACACCGCUAUACUCGUCUCAAGUCCAAGCCGCAGAUCACAGUGGGAUCCUUUCAGCGCCGAAGCCAGCAGCAGCAGCUGGCACCUUCGUGCCCCUUGGCCGCUCAGGAUCUGAGGUUUCAACCGCCCAGUCCAGUCAGGGGGGAAGAGUCAACUUGUCACCGGAUGCAGAGGAUGACGACCUUGAUGAGGAAGACUCACUCGAUGGCGAUGAGAACUCGUCUCAAACCCCUGCGGAACGGGCAGCUGCUCGCCGUAAGAUGAAGCGGUUCAGACUUACCCAUCAACAAACCCGAUUCCUCAUGAGUGAGUUUGCAAAGCAACCUCACCCCGAUGCCGCGCACCGUGAGCGAUUGUCCAGGGAAAUCCCCGGGCUGAGUUCCCGCCAGGUCCAGGUCUGGUUCCAGAACAGACGCGCCAAGAUCAAGAGACUUAAUGCCGACGACCGCGAUCGUAUGAUAAAGAUGAGAGCAGUCCCCGAGGGUUUCGACAAUGUCCAGGCACUCCACUCCCCUUAUGGUGCAGUCCACGGCAUGAACGCUCCUAUGCACUCUCCGGGGCAGUUCAACACUCAGUCAUACGCCCAACAUAUGAUGAGACCCCUGAUUGUCGAUGCUCGAAGGAAUGAUGCCCACGAGCAUUCUUCACCCACCAGCCUGACCCCAGGAUUCGGUGGAAUGACAUACAGCCCUGCCGGUAGCAUGACCAGCUCCAGCCUAGCAUCGCCACUCACCCCAGCCCCAAGUGAUCGAUACCCGUAUGGUGGCCACUUCUCUGCUCCUCUUACAGGUAGUCCGAGAACAUCGCACCCAUUUGGGCAGCAGCACGGCCUUGGUAACCCUAUUGAGAUCCAUCGCUCAAGCCCUCAUCCUAUCCCGCCGCCACUGCUUCGUGACUCCCUAUCUCGAGCUAGGUCAGAGUCCUCGCAGUCGCCGCUACGACCCAGCAUGUCAUGGAAAGGAGAUGUCGUUGAAUACACAUACCGAGCUGCGAGCAGCACGAGCCCGAACCUCCCUGAACGACAGCCACCUCUGUAUCAGCCAACACCUAUAAGCCACCCUUCUGGCGGCAUUAACAACUAUGGCACAAACCCUAUCCCCAACACGACGACACCGCCAGGCAUCCCAGCUUCGAGAGCGGACAUCUGA